AUGGAUUUCGAUCCCACCGACUUCGACGGUCCGGGGGGCGACGACCCCUUGAUGCCCGAGGGCGAGGAGGGCGAGAGAGCGCCGCAGGCACUGAGGGAAGCGCUGGUAGUGGACUGCACGAGCAAUGCCCUGAAGCCCUUGAAGCCUGAUGGCCGAUGUCAGUGGUGGGAGGGCCCUGUUGAUCUAUACAACGAGCGGAUCAUUUGGGUGGUCGGCGUUCGUGUCUAUGUCCACGCCGUCCAAGCUCAGGAUGACAAGGUCGGCGUUCUGCUCUAUGGCGUGAAGGAGAAGCAGAAUCCCAAUAACUUCGAUGGCAUUCGACUCCUCUUCGACUUGGACCGCCCCAGUGCCCAGCGCAUUAAGCAGCUGGAAGAGGAAGCCCGUCGUAGCCCCAAGCAGAUGGAGGAGCGUUACGGCUGUGGAAAAGCCACGCCGGUGUCCGACGUCUUCUGGACUUCCACCACCAUCUUCAACCUGGGUGCCAACCAGAACCAAUUUGACUCUCGCAUCUUCCUCUUCACCUGCAACGACGCGCCGGCGGCGUCCGCCGAUGAGGUGCACGCAGCACGCACUCGCGUGCAGGAUCUCAUGGAUAUGGACGUGAAGAUUGACUUUUUCCCCUUGCGUUUCGAAGAGAAGGACUUCUCCAUCGAACGCUUCUGGGGUGCGUUGCUUCCCGUAGAUCCCACUGACUACGUGAGCCGUGCGAGUGGGCGACUGGAAUUGCUGGAGCGGCGUGUCCGCAUGCGGGUGCAUCGGAAGCGGACCUUGCAACGGCUCACCUUCUACGUGUGUGCAGGCGUCGAAGCCUCGGUGAGCAUCUUUGUGACGCUUUUGGAGGCCAAAAUCCCUGCGCCCAUCUACCUGCUCAACGAGAACAACAAGCCGUUGAAGGCGGAGACGAAGCAGAUCUGCGAGCAGACGGGCGCCUUGCUCCACCCAGUGGAUGACAUCGCGACUUAUGUCGAGGUGGCAGGCACCUCACGGAUCCAGGUGAGUAGACAAGAGGCGAUGGAGGCCAAACACUUUGGAGAUCCAGGACUGAGGCUCUUGGGAUUCAAGCCAUCCAAGUCCCUUGAAGAUCAUCAUCGAAUCUUCCACGCCUACUUCGUUUACCCCAACGAGAAAGGUGUGAAGGGUUCCGCGCAGCUUCUCUCGGCAAUGAUUAGCAGCUGUUUGGAACGAGAGCUCAUGGCCAUUUGCAGCUACGUGGCGCGGAAGAAUAGCGAACCCGUCUUGGUGGCUUUGAUGCCACAGGCUGAAAUGGAAGAGGAUGGAGAGCAAGUGCGGCCACCUGGCUUUGCGAUGAUCCGCUUGCCUUGGGCCGAAGAGAUCCGACAGCUGAGUUCCUGGGCGAGAUCCCACCAGAACCUUUCGCUGCCCCCCCGGCUCCAGGCGGCGGCUCAGGCGGUGGUUAACGGCCUGCGACUGGAGGACUUCGCGCCGGGCUGCGCAGAGAACCCGAAGCUCCAACGACACUACGCUGCAGUGCAAGCAUUGGCACUCAGCGAGGAGCAGCCCGAGGAGACGGUGGACGUCUUGCAGCCGGAUGCCACGAACAUGGAGAAGAAGAAACCCAUCGUCCAAGCUUGGAAGGAGGCGGUCAGUGGCUGUGCGCCGAAGCGAUCCUUCGAGGGCGAUGGAGGCGGCCGGGCGAAGUUCGCCAAGAAGUCUGAGGCCCCAGCUGUGCCAGAGGGGAAGGAGGCAAUGCGGGCAUUGCUGCAUUCAGGUGACGCGGAGCGACUCACAGUGCCACAGCUGAGGGAUUGGCUGAAGAGCCACGGGGUGCAGAACACGGGGAAAAAGCAAGAACUCUUGGAGCGGGUUCGCAGCUGCGUUUGA